CUAAACCGGUGGAAAUCUAUGCUAAGGAAUAGCCAGCCGGAAUUUUGAAUCGGAAUAACAGGGAACCAAAUCUCAGUUCACUUUCGUUAGUUAACAAGGAAUUGUGUUCUAGACGGUGCCGAACAAAAUUCUGUUAAUUCAUGCCACUCGGAAAAAGGAGGGAAAUUUUCCAUGAGCAGACAAAUAAAAGGAAGCCAAAAGCUUAUCGGACGCACUUUUCAUCCUUUUGCUCAAACCAUUACAGAUACAAAUGGAUCCACCUGGUGAUUAUUCGACGUUUUGGUACACAACUUGCCUGGAAUCCGAUCAAAAACAAAAUAUGCACGCAGGUCUCGAGGAACACAUGAACAGUUCGAAAUUUGGAAUCUUGAACGACUGUACAAAAGAGGAACAGAGAGACAGCGGAUGUCAAGUAACCGCAGACUAUCCCGCAUCUCUACAGUCAAGUCUAUUGCAGGAUUUAACCUCGUCACUCCUAAACGAGUCAUCUUCCGGUGGUGAGGCUAGUGUCUGUUCCGGUGGAGGAUGGUCACAAAACAAUCUGCAAUUUCCACCACCACUUGCACCACUAGCUGCAACUGAUGAAUCAGUUUCACUCACUGUCCUUCAACCAUCAACCUUCACAACAGACUAUAGCGACAACAGGUUACAGAGGAUGCAUCCGUUUUGUAUACAUUCAGAUGGCAUGCGCGCGCUCACUCAAAACACCACGAAUAUGGCAUCAGGCAAUGAUGAUCCUAGUACUCAAGCAGUCAUCGCUGGACCCAUACCAUCGGUAUGUUCGACGGGUCUUUGUUAUUGCAAGGAAAAUAUGCCAACCAGUUUAUUUAAACACGAACGUCCCAUGUUAGAGCAACUGAUUCAAAAGGAGGGAGCAGUAUCAGAUUGGCGAAUUAGGACGGGCCAGUGGAAUUCGUGUGACGUUUACGGGAGCCCGUACGCUGUCAAUCGCGCUUGGCCUGCAAUGAAUCAGGUACACGACUUGUACCAGCAGCGUCACACCCCAAACUACCUCUCACAUCGAUCGGAGUGUUGUCCAAAUGAGCUCCGGAACCUCGAAUACCCCGGUCGAGAUAUCAGAGUGCUAGAGCGGAACUUCGUACCCAGUGACCCCUGCGUUCCAUCGGCUAUGGAAAUGGAAAGUAACAAAAUUCACGGUAGUUCCAAGGCAAAGUGGAAUCCGAUGCGUAGUUGGAACUCGUCCGCUUCCACGUUCAAUUACCCUAGUGUGAAUCCAGCCCGCAUACAGCCGUAUUCGGUUGAUCCAGAAGAAGUAACACGCCAAGAAUGGACUCUGAAUAUGACUGGAUCCCAGCGUGACACAGCCGCACUUGUGUCCCCAAUUCCCGCGGCAACCCAGUAUCCGAGUCUCAGUGGCACACGCACUUUCGCUACAGAGUUCAGGAGACAUCGAAACCACCAGAAAGAUACAAGGACGCAGACCAAUCUAUCGUUGUCGAAUGGUGCCACCUCGCAAAAUGCCUUAUUUACCCGGGGAUCGCAGUCGUCUUGUUCCACGCUGAAUUCCAAGAAAGCCGAUAACACCACUAAUGGGAUCAAUCCACUUGUCUUACAGCGAUUACUUCCUCCAGUCCCCAAGGGGGGCGCAAUCCAUUGGCUGAAUCGCGCACAGCCAAUGUUCCAGUCCACCUGCUUGAUAUCUUCCACCGCGGCUGUGGAUCCUGAACACCACCAACACAGUAGCGUGUCACUGCGGCUGCGUGAUGUUAAAAUUUGGCAGGCACUGUGGGUCCACGGGACAGAGAUGAUCGCGACGAAUACCGGUCGAAGAGUCUUCCCCUCGUUAUCCGUUGAUGUCUCAGGGCUGCACCCAACGGACAAGUAUAUAUUCGCUCUUGACAUGGUUUUAGUACAACCGCAUACUUAUCGUCACCAAGGGGGUCAAUGGCUUGUCUCAAACCAGUCGGAGAUCGAAAGGACGCUAAGCGGAUCAGUUUACGUGCAGGAGGAUUCACCAAAAUCUGGCGCGUCUUGGAUGGAAACUGGUGUCAAUUUUUCCAGAGUAAAGAUUACGAACAGCAAAGAGCAAACGAAAGCGCGCAUGAUCCAUGUUCACAGUAUGCGACGUUACAUACCACGGUUCAACAUCUUCCGCAUUGCCGCAAAUCAUGGGACACUGCCUGGAUCGCGUGGAUGCAUGACCGAGACAACCAUCGGGUUCCAAGCCACGAGAACGACAGAACUGGAACUCAUUGGCAGCUAUGUCGUGCCGGGCACCCAGUUCUACACAGUGACCGCCUAUCAAAACCCGGAUGUGAUUCGCGUGAAAAUCGACAAUAAUCCGUUCGCUAAAGGUUUUCGAAAUCGUCAAAACACCCACGAAUUAGAUGGUGCAAUGUUAACUGCACUGGGAGUGCCAACUUCCUCCUGCUGAUAGUUCACGCGUUGAAGGGUAGCUGGAAAAAACCCCAUACACGCAAAAGAAGGUAAAGUAUACAGGCUUUACCUCCUUGUCCGCAAGUUGUGUGCUUAGGAUGGCGGCAUGCUUUGAAUGUUCAGUUAGGAACCCAGCUUGAUGACAAAGUAUUGUACGUUACAAUACCUUAAGGUGACAGCGAAGUUUUGUGCUUACCUUAUUUUGCUUUGUUUAGUAACUGAAAUCACUUUCAGUACAGAUGCCGCACAUAUCACACCAGAUGAAUUGUACCUUCACUUUUGGAAAGCGAUCACAUUGUAUAUAGUUUACAUUCUUUUUUACUCAUGCACUACCGUAUUGUCACCCCAAAAAAUAU